UACGAUGUACAUUUAAAUUAAAUGUAAAUAGUAAAACAGAUUAAUAAACAGUAGUUCACCAAACACACCAAAUAAUUUAUGUUAAAGUGUCAUUGAUUCAGUGUGUGUGAAUGAGCGCUCCGCCUCCUCUCAUUAGUCACUACAGCUGCACCAAACACACACGAGGCUGGAGUCGGUUAAACUCACUGCGGUAUGGAACAAGAUACCUUCAUUUCAUCAAUGACACGAGCAGGACGACAACGUAUGAACUUAAUUAACAUCAUAUUGUAUAAUAUUAUGACAAGAGAGUAACUGAACAAACAGGAGAAGGACCUAAACAGUCUCGGAGAACGCACGAGAGGUUUCCACACUCUUCAAUUGUGUUGGCUUAAAGGAUGUUCGUCUUCACGCUCUGCCUGUUCUUAUGGUCCUGGCUGUCAUCCAUUCACGGUCUGGAGUUUGGCUAUCAUAACAGCAUGGAAAUGGAGCAGUACUUGAAAGACAUCAACAGGACGCUUCCUGAUAUCACACAUCUACACAGUAUCGGCCAGUCCGUUGAAGGAAGAGAACUCUGGGUCUUAAUACUGGGUCAACAUCCCAGAGAACACAGAACGGGCAUCCCGGAAUUCAAAUACGUGGGCAACAUGCACGGAAACGAGGCUGUUGGCCGUGUGUUACUGCUUCAGUUGAUCGAUUAUCUGACCAGCCGUUACCUGAGUGAUCCGCUGGUGACACGUUUGUUGAACAGCAGUCGUGUGCACAUCCUGCCAUCCAUGAACCCGGACGGCUUUGAGUCAUCUGCCCGGGAAUGCAUGUAUACAAAAGGCCGGUAUAAUAAGAACGGAGUGGACCUAAAUCGCAAUUUUCCGGACGCGUUCGAGAGUACUACAGAUCAGAAAAGGGAGAAGGAGGUCAGGGCCGUGAUGGACUGGCUACAGACGGAAAGCUUUGUCCUCUCGGCCAAUCUCCACGGAGGAGCGGUGGUGGCCAGCUAUCCCUACGACAACAGCAACAGAGGAAGCGAGCUGCAAGGAGGCCUCAGCAUCUCCCCCGACGACGACGUGUUUGUCCACCUGGCAAAGACCUACUCCUACAGCCACAGCGAGAUGCACAGCGGAAACAGCUGUUACGACUCGCAGGACUUCUCCCACGGCAUCACUAACGGAUAUCACUGGUAUCCUCUACCAGGGGGAAUGCAAGACUAUAACUACGUGUGGGCACAAUGUUUGGAGCUCACACUGGAAAUCUCUUGCUGCAAGUAUCCUCCAGAGGCGCAGCUUCCCGGCCUAUGGGCGGCCAACAAACCCGCACUACUGGCUUACAUGCAGCAAGUACACCUAGGGGUGAAAGGAGUAGUGAUGGACUCAUACGGGAAGCCUGUCCAAAACGCUGUGGUGGAGGUAGCGGGGAGAAGAAACGUUUGUCCCUUCAGGACGGAUCGUAACGGGGAAUACUACAGACUGCUGCUGCCCGGAAACUACACCAUCAAAAAAACAAGUUUGUGCAUCUUAAGAAAUAACGGCGCUUUGGGCAUGCUGUUGUACGUCCCAUCAGACCGCACAACAGUGCCUACUGUGGCUCGAACACCUGUGAACGUGUAUCGACUGUCUUGUGCGCGUACACGUGAAAUCACGUCGUCAUAUUAGGCUUUUGUUUAAUUGCAUAAAAAAAGUACAUAUUUGCAUUUGUAUCGGGGAUUAUGUUGGUUCCACAUAAUGCGUGUUAUGACAACUUAUUUUAGUCUCAAUAAAAGUGUUGUUUAAAUUCCAUUAGGUUGUAUUGCGGUCAAUCAAUUAAUAGCCUACUGUUAUUUGAAGGUGUCAUUGAGUGUCGAAAGGUGCCUAAUAAAAUGCGUUAUUAUUAUUAUCAUCAUCAUGAUGGUGAAAUUAUUAUAGGAGUAAGCUGCAGCAGAGGCUGUGGCGGAAUGACACCGAGGAGUUCUGCAGAGGCACGAGGACUAUAAUUGGUUACAAGCUUUCUGUACGACCAAAAACGAAUACAAAUAAAGGAAAGGAAAGCAAAGCAACCAUUUUUGACGCUGAAAUAAUAAUAGACCAAUGAUAAUAAUAGCAAAUAAUGUUUGUUCUACAAUACUAUGCGUUUUUGAACUCCAAAGAUAAGGCAUAUGUUCCAAAUUGGGGCAUUUAACAGGAUGCGAGAGCUAAAUUAGUUUAGCCGGGUCGUAUUUUAAAUGGCAUGAAAUGGACGUUUGUAGACUUAUUUUUGUGCUCUGAGUUACUUGGUAUCGUUUGAAAAUGAAUACAGUCCAGGGACACUGUGAACGGGAAUCAAUCGAAAGAACGAGCCAACCUAUAAAGGAAAUAUUUGUAUGCGUGUUUGAAAAUGGAACGUGACGUAAAAGUGCAAAGGUGCACAUGGAUACUUGGGGUGAAUUUGCCAUUGAUUUUCUCCCAAAGCACACAGUAAAAAUAUUUGAAAAUUAAUGCAGUAAUAGUCAUGGUCACUGUGAACGGGAAUCAACUGAAAGAACGAGGCAACCUAUAAAGGAAAGAUUUGUAUGAGUGUUUGAAUAUAGGACAUAACGUAAGAGUGCUUAUGCACUUUGACACUUGGGGUGAAUUUGCCUUUAAUUUUGUCCAAAACCGCACCGUAAAAAGAGUUGAAUAUUAAUACAGUGAUAGUGUGGGUCACUGUGAAUACAUAUGAAUGAACAGAAUGAGCUAACCUGUAACGGAACACUUUUUAUGAGUGUUGGAGAAUCGGACCCGGUGCAAGUGCCAGGAUGCAUUUUGUUGUUUGGGGUGAUUUUGCUUUUUAGUUUUCUCCAAAACUAUACAGUGAAAUGGCUUGAAAAUGAAGACGGCGAUAGUCAGGGUCACUCUGAAUACAUAUGAAUUGAAAGAAUGAGCUAACCUUUAGAGGAACACUUUUUAUGAGUGUUGGAAUAUUGGACACGGUGGAAGUGCUAGGACGCAUUUUGUUAUACACGCGCACACAUAAAAAAAAACAA